GUGCGCGUAUAUAUAGAUCUCCAUCCAUCCAUCUGCGCUUUUUGGAUACCUGCCUCUCCGGGUGCGCGUCAGCUGGCUGGCCCAGUCCGUCCUCCUCAUGUCAUCUCCAGUGUGCCAGCACCACUGCGAGCUGCAUUUUUAUUAGGCCAUUUCUAUUAUUUCAGUUAUUUCUGUUAGUUAUAUUGAUGAAUCCUGGCUGAAUGGCUCCCAGUGUUCGUCUUCCAGCCGAACGCACCGGGAGCGACUGAGCAUCCUGCUGCUGCUGCUGCUGCUGAUUGGAGCUGCUCUCUCUCUCUGCGUGAAUGGAUUUAUUUGCGUCGGACAAAAGUUGGAUUGUGUAAAGAGCCCCUUUCGCCUAGUCGGAUCCCUAAAAUGGACAGAUAAGGAGCGGAUUUUGCAGGGGGUUUUUUUCUUUUCUUCUUCUUCCUUUUUUUUUUUUAAUCUGAGAGGAAUCACCCCGGGAGUGGAAAUGCUCAGAGCCUGGAUACUCUUCUCUCUGAUAGAAGAGGGAUUCACUCUGGCACAGAGAAUUAAAGAUUCCCCUGGUGAUCAUGGCAGCCAGAGUCCCAACCAGAAUGAGUGCGGCACGUGGGUCCGCAACAUCAACGGUGGUGUGUUCACGUCACCAAACUACCCGAGCACUUACCCGCCCAACAAGGAGUGUGUUUACAUCCUGGAAGCUCUGCCCAGACAGCGGAUCCAGCUGUCCUUCGAUAAGAACUACUACAUUGAGCCGUCCUUUGAGUGCCGCUUUGAUCACAUUGAGAUCCGUGAUGGCCCAUUCGGGUUCUCGCCGCUCAUCGAUCGGUUCUGCGGGGGGAAGAACCCUGGCCUGGUCACCUCCACUGGACGCUUCAUGUGGAUUAAGUUCACCAGCGACGAGGAGCUUGAAGGCCUCGGCUUCCGCAUCAAAUACACUUUCAUCGCAGACCCAGAUUUCCAUCUGCACGUGGGUGGACUGCUAAACCCGAUCCCAGACUGUCAAUUUGAAAUUGGUGGAUGGGACGGGGUGAUUCGCUCCAGCCAGGUGGAGGAGGAGGAGAAGGUGAAGCCUGGUGACGCUCUGGACUGUAUCUGGACAAUCAGGGCUCCUCCGCAGUCCAAGAUCUACCUGCGCUUCCUGGAGUACCAGAUGGAGCACUCCAACGAAUGCAAGAAGAACUUUGUGGCUGUGUACGACGGCAGCAGCGCCAUUGAGAACCUCAAGGCCAAGUUCUGCAGCACCGUAGCCAAUGAUGUGAUGCUGGACAACGGCGUGGGUGUUGUGCGUAUGUGGGCUGACGAGAAGAGCAGGCUCAGCCGCUUCCGCAUGCUCUUCACCUCGUUCGUCGACCCCCCCUGUUCAGGCAGCACAUUUUUCUGCCACAGUAACAUGUGCAUUAACAAUUCCCUGGUGUGUAAUGGCGUUCAAAACUGUGUCUAUCCCUGGGAUGAGAACCAUUGUAAAGAAAAGCGAUCAAAGGGUCUCUUUCAUCAGAUCACUAAGACUCAUGGCACGGUCAUCGGUGUCUCCUCAGGCAUUGUCCUGGUUCUUCUCAUCAUUUCCAUCCUGGUUCAGAUGAAGCAACCAAGGAAAAAGGUGGUGGCUCGCCGGCCAGGCGUCUUCAACAAGGCAGGCUUCCAGGAAGUCUUCGACCCACCACACUAUGAGCUGUUUUCCCUGCGUGACAAGGAGAUGUCCUCAGACCUGGCCGACCUGUCCGAGGAGCUGGACAGUUUCCACAAGCUGCGGCGCUCCUCUACCAUGUCCCGCUGUGUGCAUGAGCAUCACUGUGGCUCGCAGGCCUCAGUAGCAACAGGCGGCGGCAGCAUGAAGCACAGCCGCACCACACUGAGCUCCAUGGAGCUGUCCUACCAUAACGACUUCUCCAAGCCACCACCCAUGAAGACAUUCAACUCGACGUCCACCUACAAGAAGGGCUGCUACGGCUACAAGCAGCACUCACAGACUCAUGACUGCGACCAACAGCAGGUCAUUGAGGACCGCGUCAUGGAGGAAAUCCCCUGUGAGAUCUAUGUGCGUGGAGGAGCAGCAGGGGGAACAGCAGCUGCCAGUGCAGCAGCCAUGGGAGGAGGUGGAGGAGGGAUAGCAGGAGGGAUGGCAGGGGGAGGGGUUGGGAUAGCAGGAGGGGUUGGGAUGGGAGGAGGAGUUGGGAUGGCCGGAGGAGUCACAAUGGGAGGAGCAAGUGGCAUUGCUGGAGGCAUUGGAGGCGGGAUGGCCGGAGGCUGCGGGACCCUCAGUGUCCGUGGCAACAGUGCUCGCAACAACGCCGCCAUAGUUGAUCCACAGCAGCGGUCCAUGUCCAUGGACUUCUAGACAGACAGGAGAGAAGAGAAGUUGAGCAGGGGAGAGGGAGAGCAACACAAACCGACCUAUUUCACUCAUCGAGUAGAAAAGAGCAAACAAUAGAAAAAAAGACAGAAAAACCAAAAGGAAAGGCCAGGAAAGUUGUAGUGGUCUUGACUUGACUGCCUCUCUCCUCCCUUCUCACCUCACUCUCAGCCCAGUGUAGUGGGAAACAACUCAAGGAUUUUCCUCCAAAAGUCCCUUCUGGAGGUUGGGAAAUUUGGGAGACAAAACCAGAAGAGCAAAGGAAAGAGAAGAAGUGACAUAUCAUCCUUCAGGAUGCAGAAGGAAGGCAGGGCGAAGACAGAUCUCAUCUCUCCUCCAGGCUCGUUCUCAUUUAAUCUCCGUCCUUUCAGUAGUCACGUAGAAGGAGAAGGCAUGCAGACCCAGACUCUGUUUGGACUUCACACACAUGCAGGGAGAGGAAAAGACUGAGCGACGUCCUCGACUGAUUUUACAUUUAUUCACCUGCCAUGCACAGAUAAUAUAUGAUGUGUCUUCUAAUAAUUUAUUUUAGUCAUUAUUUUUGUCAGUGUACUGUACUGUUAAAACCAGUAUAUAUCCAGCCUCAUGAUGUUGCUUGGCUUUUAACUCUUUAAACUUUUCAGCUGUUGGUUGGAUGAUUUGAUGAAGAUGAUCUUUCCAUGACCUGCAAUUAUGAUGAUGAUGAUGAUGAUGAUGAUGAUGAUGAUGAUGAUGAUGAUGAUGGUGGUGGUGGUGGUGGUGGUUGUGGCAGUGUGAUAGUGAUGUAAUGUUGAGGCAGUUGUCAUGGUUAUCACAAAUGAACACAGAUGGUCUCAGCUGUAAGCAGUUUUUCUUCAGGAGGUGCAUACAAAGAGACAGUCUUAUUUUGAUAAGAAAUAAAGAAAAAAAUUGUGGUGUG